GUCCUGUCUGUUCCUCUUAAUUACUACCUGGUACAGCAGGGGAAAACAUGGAGUGCUGCUCAAAAUUACUGCAAAGCCACACAUUUUGACCUGGCUAUCGUAGAAACGAUUGAAAACAUGGUCCAGCUUCAGAAUGAAGCACAGAAACAACAGUUUAGUUCAAGUGCAUGGAUUGGACUGUACAAUGACAUCAACAGCUGGCGCUGGUCUUUUGCAAAUGAACCACUGGGAACUCUGAGACCGUGGCAGUCAGGACAGCCGAACAACUUGCUUGGAAAUCAGGAGUGUGUUGCAACAUAUACAGAUGGUUGGAAUGAUAUGAACUGUUCAAACAUAUACUACUUCAUGUGCUUUGAUGACAUUAAAAUUGGUAAUCAGAGGUACAUUUUUAACUCUACUCGUACAACGUGGCUUCAAGCUCAGCAUUAUUGCAGACAGUAUCAUACGGAUUUGGUUAGCAUAAAGGAUGCAACAGAACUUUCAGUAAUUCUGGGUAUGGUCUCUGACUGGACAUGGAUUGGUCUGUUCAGAGACUCCUGGAAGUGGACAGACCAAACCAACUUCUCUACUAUCUUCUGGAUGUCUGGGAAACCUGAUAAUGCCCUGAGUAAUGAAAAUUGUGGUUAUUUAAAUAACACUAAGGCUGGUGAUGCACGAUGCUCAGACAUAAUGCCUUUCUUCUGUUAUUCAGUAAUCACAGGAAAAUGGGAAAUCAUUAAGGUGACGGUCCAGUCCUUUUACAAUGUAAAUGAUCCUGAAGUAAAGGUGGCCAUUUUGGAACAAAUCAAGCAGAAACUUAAGGAUCAUGGGUUGGCAGAGAACAUCACAGUAAAAUGGAGAGAGCAACCAAAUGGAGUGGUGUUUCACAAGAAGAAAGGAAAUUAUUUUACAUAGUAAAAGUAGAACUGCAAGUUUUUACCUGAAUCUCAAAUCAUGCAAAUGUUUAUUUUGGAAGCUUGGUUGAGUUCAUUAAUAAAAGGAUGAUAAAGAGAACAACCUUAUUCAAGAUGUUUAGCAUAAAUAUAAGGCCAAAUAUUUAUCAACUGAUUUUAUUUAUUAAUAAAUCAACUAUAAUGUAGUAUAAUUAUUAAAUAAACACUCUUUUUGCUUUACUUUCAAACGUUAACUAGUGAUUAUAUUCCUGAUGAAGUAGAAUUUAUAGAAAUAGAAAUUAGAAUAUGUGAAUAAUUUGCAGGAUUUUGUGUUUAUCUUUUUCUUCACUAGACUUUAAAGCUCUAAUGAUGACGGUAAAGCUGAUGAUUGUAGAACAAUUCUACAGUAAAAAGCUCUAUAAAAUUCAUUUUUAUUCACAGAUGUAUUUCUGUGUU